AUGACAUCGCCUUUUUACAACUACACGCUCGCUACCUUUAUUCGGGGACUGAAUACUCUUCACUACAUUCUUAAAAAAGGCGAAGAUCAUGCAAAAGAACACAACAUCGAUCUUGAUGAACUUCAUAAUGCUCGUAUCGCCGAGGAUAUGCAGCCCUUGGCGUUCCAAGUUGUGACGGCCACAAACAAUGUUGGAAAAGCUCUUGCACGGGCAAGCUUUACAGAUCCUCCGCCCCAAUAUUCACCAGAUGAGACCUACGAGGGGCUUUACACCCGCAUUGAGAGAUACAUCGUGGAGCUAAAGGCUGUCGAUGCCAGGAUGUGUGCUAGUAGGGAGGGUCAAACCUUCACGGCACCAAUUGGUAUGGAUACCUUUGAAUAUACGUUAGAAGAGUAUUCAGUGCGAUUUUCGAUCCCCAAUUUCUAUUUCCAUCUGGUGACAGCAUAUGCGAUAUUGAGAUCGAAGGGGGUGGAAAUAGGAAAGCUGGAUUAUCUAAAUCAGUUUACUGCUUGA